UAAAAAGAAAAAGUAGAGGAAACCAUUAGGUGUUUUGAUGUGUUGAUAGCGAAAAUCGAAGUGAAAAUUUUCAAUUUCCAGUGAUUUAUUUCGUAGAAAAAUGAUCGCAUAGAGUGAAAUGUCAAUAUUUCAUGAGAAAAAGUUUAUUACAAGUGUGUUAAAGAAAUCGUAACAGUUUGCGAAUUACUAUUUCAAUUAGUCAGUUUCACAAUCAUGAUUGUAAUUCGGCGAAGAUACUUUAACAAAAGUAUGGCCAUGCUGGAAUGAGAUGCUGUAAUGGAUCCGUUUAGCGUAGCGAAGCUAGGAGAUGUUACUAUUCAGCGUGUUACAGGCAAACCUGAUGAAUCGAAACCUCCUGAAAUUAAUAAAGACUGCUGCAAUGACGUGAUCUCGAACAACGUCAUUGCCCCUGAAAUUCUUUCCAAGUUAUCCUCAAGUAUCAACAUCACAAUAAAACCAAACCCAUCUAGUUCAUCUGUAGCAGCAACAACAACAACAACUAGAAAUUUGGACAAUGUAGUUAAUUCAUCCGAGUCAAAACAAAUUCAACUUAAUGAAUUGAAACAAAUACAGACUGAUCCGAACCUUAAAGUUCUUUCUUUGGGCCCCGGUGUAGAGUUAAGGAAAAAAGAGAACCCCGCUAGUAACGUCGUUGAAAGUGCCGUUUCACAAACUGAAGAAACUAGCGAAGAUGCGAAAAAUAUCGACGAAGAUGAAGAAAAAAUUGACCAGAAAGAUGACGAAGAGGACGCUGACGACGAUAAAAGUUUGUUGAAUGACGAUGCUUGUGAUAACGAGGAGAUUGAGAAACUCGUGUCCGAUGAAUCCGUACCUUCUGAUUACGAAUCUGAGGGUGAAAACGAAAAACUAUGUGAUGCCGAAGAUGACUUUGAUACGAAAAUGGAUUGUGAUUCAUCUAAUGAAGAUGUAAAAUCGGAUUCUGAGGACGUGAAUGCGGUGCAAGAUGAUGAGGCGAAAGAAACCAUACCGGCGGAAGAUCAGCCUGAACCACUAGGAACAGAUAACAUUAAACAAGAAUGCGUAGAGGAGGAUUCUGCCAUUGAUACAGUUACUAAUCAAGUACCAGCUGUUCCUUCCGAAAAAUUACCCAGAGCUGGCAAUUCAAUCGAAAAUGUCGAGUGUAAAGAAGAGCAGUUUUCUGACGAAGAACAAAGCAGCACUGAAUCGGAAGAUGCGGAUGAUGAAUUCGAUAAAUCGGAAGGUGAUAGUCAAAAUAAAGCACCAAAAAAGAAAAAGAAAAGAAAACCAAAAUCCGAGCCCGGUUCAGACGAUGAUUCCAACGAAACAAAAAAACAGAAAACAUCUCCAGCUGAUGAAACUGCUGCGGACUCUGAAAAUGACGAUAAACCUUCAACGGAAAUGAAAAAAGGUUUGCUGAGAAAGAACAUCAGAGAAGUAAUGGAUGAAACUAAACUCGAAGAAGCUACACUCGCUGCCCAAAGGCAAGAAAUGGAAAGACGAAGGCGCGUCCAAGAACAACAAAGAAUUAUCAGAGAAGCCCAACGACAGUUGGCGCUAAAUAGGCAAAAUAGUAAAGUGCAAGCUCGUGUCCUGUCUCUACUUCAAAAAGGAGCUACUUCUAUCAUCAAAAAAGAAGAAGAGGAGGAGGAAGAUAUGGUAGAAGAGAGUAAACCGAAUACAGUUGUGGUUAAAUUAUCCACGGGGUCUGGACCUCCACAAAUUGUCAACAAAAAGGUGCUGGAUUUACUGAAAAAACAAAACAGCACGGCUGAAGAAGAAGAAGAAGAAAUGGCCAAAGAAAAAUUGGUAAAUUUAUCAAAAAACUUGGAUAAGCCGCAAAUGAUGACAGCUUCUGUAUCAAUAGCACCUAUAAAACAAGACUCCAAGCCUAUUGAAGUAGUCAACGACCAAGACGAAGAGAAGGCAAAAGAUGUUGUUAUGAUAAGUAGUAGUUCUGGUGAAGAAGACGAUUGCAUUGUUAUUUCCGAAGAAGAAGAAGAAAGUGAGCCUGAUGAAGAUCCUACCAACAGUGGAAUGCACACAAAUGAUUUGUAUAAUAUUCCUGACGAACAAGGUCGCGUAUUGAUAAACGUUGGCCAUCUCGAGUCAGAAUCCGAUGUAUUUUUAGCGCCUCAAAUUGCCCGUAUUAUUAAGCCCCAUCAAAUCGGAGGAGUAAGAUUUCUUUUUGAUAAUAUUGUCGAGUCGUUAAGUAGGUUUGAGACAUCUGAAGGAUUUGGAUGUAUAUUGGCUCACUCUAUGGGUCUCGGAAAAACUCUUCAGGUGGUUUCAUUUUGUGAUGUAUUUUUACGAUAUACCGAAGCGAAAUCGGUAUUGUGUAUAAUGCCCAUAAAUACACUGCAAAACUGGGUUGCUGAAUUCAAUAUGUGGUUACCAACCGAUCCUGAAAGUUCCCCUCUGAAAGAACAAGGUGAAAUUUUGACUCGACAGUUUCCAAUUUUCGUAUUGAACGAUAAUCAGAAGACGUUAAGCGCUAGAGCGAAGGUUAUACAAAAUUGGAACGAAGAAGGCGGUGUGUUACUUAUUGGAUACGAAUUAUAUCGUCAACUAAGUUUGAAAAAGCCUCCAAAGUCCAGAAAUAGAUCAAAACGAAAAACAGAAGCUGAAGAAGAUUUAGAGGAUGAAAAGUGUAAAAAUCUUCUAGAAUGCAUGUACAGCGCUCUUGUGAAACCAGGACCAGAUUUGGUGAUUUGCGACGAAGGACAUCGUAUUAAAAAUAGUCACGCGUCUAUUUCUCAAGCAUUGAAACAAAUUAGAAGCAAACGGCGAGUCGUUCUUACAGGAUAUCCACUACAAAAUAAUUUGAUGGAAUAUUGGUGUAUGGUCGACUUUGUCAGACCGAAUUACUUAGGUACCAAAACAGAGUUCUCCAACAUGUUCGAGAGACCCAUUCAAAAUGGCCAGUGUAUCGAUAGUACUCCUCAAGAUAUUAAAUUAAUGCGAUAUCGUGCUCAUGUCUUGCAUUCUUUAUUGGAAGGAUUCGUCCAGAGACGAAGUCAUUCUGUUUUGCAACAAACACUACCAACCAAAUACGAAUACGUGCUGUUAUUGAAAUUAACGCCGUUACAAAAAGCUCUUUAUAAUACGUUUAUGAAUGAAGUAGUUCGUACUAAAGCAGUUCCUAAUCCGUUGAAAGCUUUCGCAGUUUGUUGCAAGAUUUGGAAUCAUCCGGAUAUUUUGUACAAUUUUUUGAAAAAACGUGCUGGUGACGAAGAACUAGACUUGGAUAUUGAAGAAACCGCAGCUGGCAUUGGAACUCCAGCUUCAGGUCCUAGUACACCGAUGACACCUUCAACGCCUCCUCAUCAAGCUGCGAAUAAAAGAAGUCGUAAUCGAGGAGGCAAAGCUGGCAAAGAAGCAAAGUUACCACGCAAGAACUCUCGUGUUAAUUCAUCGCCGACGAACGCAAAAACACCGCUGAUCGCUACAAUUCCACCGAAUACGGCCAAUACCACAAAGUUGGCAUCACCAGAACGUCCAGCAAGCACGAACGCUGCGAUGCCUUUCGAUUCCUUCGAUAAUCAGUUCUCGAAUUUCAACCAAACGAAUGAAAAUUUCCGCGAAUUCAAUCAACCUAAUAACACGAAUCAGAACUACAAUGAUCAAUACGCGCCAGAAUACGGAUCACAGAACAUAUCAAACAACCAAGAAUACAGCGGAACAAAUUACCAACAGAAUUUCAACGACUCGAAUUUCUACAAUUCGGGGUUCAACCAGAAUAAUUUCUGGUCUGGAAACAACGAAGGUGGAAACUACUUCAAUUCAAACGCGCCGGCUCAACCAACGGAGGAAUAUUUUCAACCGAACGCCGCGUCUGGUAAUUCUCAGUACGGAUCGUCGUCCGAGUACAGUACAAACACGGAAAAUUCUCAGGGAAACUAUAAUAACUCCAAUUACAAUUUCGAUAUGAAUUCGCCGAUGAAUUAUCAGACUGAGUUUCCCAUAAAGCAAGAUCCGGGCGCGAUGUUCGGUAUGGGCGACAAUAGCGCGUCUGGCAGCGGAGAUUUAAUGUUGGACGGCGGUUCUGAUUUGAACAACCAGGCGUUUUCCGGCGUUGGCUCAAGUGGCGAGAUGAAUUUUAGAGAUAACUCUGCUAUCUUCGAUUCGAAUAAUAUGACGCAGCAUUUCGAAAACCCAACUGCGAUGAACAAAGCUGGCAUAGACGGUGUGUCAAUGUUGAAUAACAUGAACGAACAAGUUCGUAACAACUUGAACGAUAAAAUGCCGAGGAACCGACAACAAGGCUCAACGACGCCAAGGCGUGGUGCUCGAGGACACAGCUCCGGUGUCAGAUUACCGGCGAAUAACCAGACGAAUUUCAAUUCAAAUUUCGGCGUUGGCCAACCAGCGAAACCGAGUACCAGAGGCGCCAAUCGAGGUAGAAAUACCGCCAUGAUGGGAGUACGAUCCGGAGCCGUUGGCAGACCUCGUAACAACCCGAAUAAAGUGGCGCCGGCGCGAAACGAAGAACUCAUGAAAUUCAAGCCAGGAUUACCGGGAGGUGCGCCAGUUCUGAAACACGGUGGAAUACCCGAUGGCCAGCAGAACUUCCAGAAUAUGGCGCCGAAUAUGGAUAACCAGGCGCAUUUGCUUAAUAAUCAGAUGCCAGUGGGCGCCGACGAUUUGAAUACGAUGUUUACGCAGAAUCAGAUGAAUCCUAGUUUCUUGGAUUCGUUAAGAAGCGAUGAAUUAUGGAAUCCGAAUCCGGUGGUCGAUCAAAAUACUCUGUUUCACGAUCAAAAUUAUAUCUACGAAGAGGCGAAUCAAAUUUUGAACCCUGCGCAAAAUGCACCCAACUUCAUGGUCAACGAACCGCCUAGCUUAUUAGGAGGCGUACGAGCCACUCGAGGCAUGAUGAACGAGUUACAAAAUAAUGAUAACUUAUUCGCCGGCGUUCAGCAGAACUAUCAGCAUAGCGGCAGCGCCGCUACCACCGCCGCCGAACACGAUUUAUUCAAUUAUCUUAACGAACUGAACACCUAUCCCAUAUCUAGUCAUACCAGUUUUAUGGGCUUGUUAGAAGGAGACGAUAAUUUGGGAAUGAAUCGUAACGCCGCAUCCUCCGAUAUGGUCUUGAAAAAUACCCAAUUUACGGGUCCUCCUUCUUCAGCCGUGAACACGGCGCCGAUGAAUGACGGUAACUUUUUAGAGACUGCGAUGCAGUUCCCGAAUACGAAUUUGUUGGAUCAAACUAACGCCAUGAGUGUACCGAGCGCGGAUCUAAUGGCUGGUAAAAAUACAGCGAUUUCUUUCGAACCGAACCAAAGUGUUAGCUCUUCGUCUACGUUACCCUUGGAGAAAGACGUCAAUCAAAGCAUAAUGGGUUUAACUCGUCGAGGACAGAUUACCUUGAAAGUGAUCGACAAGAAAAACGAAUCUCAGCCCAAGCUAAACGAACAGAGCAUCAUGGAACAAAGUAGAUUGGAAGUAGGAGGUGGCACUGGAGUCGGAGCUGUUGCUGGAGGCGCAGGCCAUGCAAUGAACGCGCAGCAAAAUCAAGCUGCUUUUCAAAAUGUUCAAAAUCGUCUGCCUUCUAUCGACGUUUUCAAUACUAGUCAAAAUUUCGUUGGCCCUGCUCGAAUUAGUCCCGAAUCCGGUAACUUUACGCAAAUGGACCAACAACAACAACAAUUCGCCUACGCAGAUAAUCAAGCUAAUACCAACGUCGCAAACGCCAGUCUAGCCAACCAAACGAACUGGGAAAAUUUCGACGUACAGACCGCACAAAAUCAGAAAUACAACGUUCAACAAUCGAUGCCCGAAAAACCUCCUCAACAGUUCGGCGGUUUCAAUCAAAAUCAGCGAGUAAUGCUGCCUAAAGAAUCGCCUCAAUUCGAUCGUCGUAAUGUGACCAGCUCGACUUGCAAACCUGAACCGGUCGAGGAGAAACCCGCUCAAAUGCCGCAAUAUAUCACUCCUCCAGACAACAGAGCAAUGUUCAACCAAACGAUGACUUCGAAUAUUCAAGAGAAUAACUCCAAAGAGGAGAUGCACAAUCAAUACGUCAGCUCUCAAAACGAACACAAGAAAAUACUCGAGGAAAAAUCGAACAAAAGUGUUUUCACCGGAUCAACGGGCCCGACGAGUAAAUCGGAAACCGCUCGAAACAUCGCUAACAAACAGUUGGCCAAGAUGAACCCGCCAAGUUCGGUUGCUCCGAAAUCCGCCGAAAAGAAGCAGCCUCAAAGAAGAAAUCAAUCGCAAGCCGCCAGAAAUCAAAUGGCUGCCAAACAGUUCCAAAAUAACGAAUCUUUCGACGACUCUAGACAGUCUUCUUCGAAUGCUACUCCUUCUCCGAGCGGUAUUUCGAUGAAACCAAAUGUAUCAACUGGUUCUGGAAAAGUUACUAUUAAAACCGAACCGAAAGAUAUAAAAUCCUCUGGGGAGACUGAAAACGAUGACGCGAAAAUGCCGGCUCCUGAUGUACCGGUUCUAAAAAGUGUCAAAGAGGAACCGGGCAUACCUUACGAUUGGACUAACGAGUUUUUCAAAGAUUACGAACCUGGUAAAAUCGAAGCAUCGGCCAAAACUUUGAUAUUGUUUUGCAUGUUGGAAGAAAUCAUCCCAAUGGGUGAUCGUUUACUACUCUUUAGUCAAUCUUUGUUUACGCUCGAUCUGAUCGAAGAUUUCUUACAAAUGUUCAAUAUUCCCGGCACCGAAGAUAAAUGGGCUCGUAAUAAGAGUUAUUUUCGUCUUGAUGGCAGUACCUCGGCGCUAGAACGUGAAAAGUUAAUCAACGAGUUCAACAGUAAUCCGAACGUGCAUUUAUUCUUAGUCUCGACUAGGGCUGGUUCUCUAGGUAUUAAUCUCGUUGGCGCAAACAGAGUCGUCGUUUUCGAUGCUUCGUGGAAUCCCUGCCACGAUACUCAAGCAGUUUGUCGAGUUUAUAGAUACGGUCAACAGAAGUCGUGUUACGUGUAUCGUUUCGUAAUGGAUAAUUGCUUGGAGAAGAAAAUAUACGAUCGUCAGAUUAAUAAACAAGGAAUGUCAGAUAGAGUAGUAGACGAAUGCAACCCGGAUGCUCAUCUCACAAUCAAAGACGUUUCAAAUCUUUGUUGGGACGAUGAGGAAAUCAGCGACGGCAGAACGGAUUUCAACGAAUUUAAAGAUCGAUACAACGACAGCGUUAUUCGAACGAUUAUCGAGAAAUUUAGUCCGAGCUUGUCGAAGGAACCAUUCCAACACGAGUCUCUUUUAGUCGAUCGUAAAGAUAAGAAAUUAUCUCAAGCGGAGAAACGUAUGGCAAAAAGGAGCUACGAAAUGGAAAAACAAGCCAACGUUCGGCCCUCGUACGGUUUCUACACCAAUCCUCAGUCAAUGCAGAAUAGAGCCAACAAACCUAUGGCCAGUGUUCGUCCGAUGCAAGCUGAUAAUAAUCAAGCUCAGAGGGAAAAUCCUCGACGAUGGAUACCUGCUGAAGUUUGGCAGAAACAAGGAAUGAGUGCGCAAGAGAUGAUAUUACCAUUAGAUGUGGUGAUACCUACAAACACGUCGGAUUCUCGUUCAUCCAUCGUUUUAAAAGGAGGCCAAAAAGUCAUGGUGCUGAAAAGUCCGAAAGGAAUUUACAUGCAGCUUGAAAAUGGUAAAAUUAUCGCUAUCAAGACGGCGAUGAAACCGGCUGUGGGUCAAAAUAAACCCGGUACGCUGCCUCGCGCAUUGGGUAUGAAUACCGGAGGUCUAAAAAUGAUACCACGACCUGGCCCCGAACGACCUAUGCCUUUGGGAAAUAGAAGAGACGUAACAGUGUCACCGAUAAGGAAUCGUUUCGCUGGAAAUAUGCGCACAGGUGCGAAUAUGCCGAUGGCAGGAGGAAUGCGUCCAGGAUUCCCUCGUGGACAAAGACCGAAUCAGCCGAUUGUUCGACAUUUCCCUCUCGCGCGUCCGCCUGGUCCUCAGUCAUCGUCUCCACGACCUAGAUUACAAGCGCCGGGUAAUAAACAAAUUUUCGGACCUAAUUCCUCCGUUACCAUAAGCUUGGCGAAUAAGAAAAGAAUGGAGAAUCAAGAACACAGUAACAUGACCGAAGUAAAUUACGAAGACUACAGCGACGUUAAUCGCCUAAAAGACAUGCAACAAAUCAGUCAAACGAGUAGAAAAUUCGACGACGACAAUUUAAAACCCGAACACUCCGGCGAUAAAAAACCCCAAUCUAGCGAUUACCCGAAUAUGGAUGAAAGAGCUCCAGCCCAUUCCAGGGGCACCGAUACUUCUUCGUUGAAUUACGGCUCGUCUCAAAUCUCCGAACCAUCAAAGUCGGCUGCGAGCCAAGCCGCAGAACCGCCAACGAAACCGGGACCGUCGCAAAGUAAUCAUCCCAGAUUCUCUGAUAAUACGACGAACAAACCGACUGCGAAGUAUUCGGACGCGAUUCCGGAAUCUUUAAGAUUUAAAAAAGAUAUCAAUCUGACUCCGGUCGUAUCAUCCGGCUCGUCGGCGAAAAGUGAUAUCGAAAGAAACGCUGCCAACAUGCCCAGCACGAUGAAACCUAAAACGAAUCUAAGCGCGCAGUUACAUGGAGCUCAACAGCAUCAGCAGCAACAACGACAACAACAACAACAACAACGUUAUCCUCAUCCGCAACAAAAAUUAUCUCAACCGAAUCUGAAAACACCACCGAACCGAAGAGAGAACUUGAUGGCGUCGAAAGUGGACCCGAACACGGCUCGAGGCAAGAUCACCAAAACAGAAGCGUCCGACUUGAAUAUACCCGAAUCGAUAUUGACCAAAAAAGACGUCCAAUUAUCUGUGAGAAAUACAGAACCGGUAUCGAAAUCGAGCUCGCAACCAGCCAUCAGUAUUUUCCCAGUUGGUAAAAAACAAGAAGACGGAUCUGCCGCUAGAAGUGUCACCGAAUCGUCCUCCGGCCAAAUGUCGUCCGGUUUCGAGAAUACGAAAAACACUCCGUCGUCUUCGUCGUCCUAUUACGGCGAAUACCAGAAACCGUAUCGGGAUUAUUAUCAGCAAUCUAAUUAUUCGUCGAAUUUUCCGCAACAUCAAACGCCCGAGUAUCAGUCACAGUCGCAGCACUCGUUCGGAUCUUCGCAAUAUCCUCCACCUGCUCAAUCAGUUCAGUAUUCGGGUCACGAUUACGGUUCGGGGUCGUAUAGCGGUAGCGAAAAUUCUCAAUACAACGUGAAUCCGGUAUUCUCCAAUCAGUCUCAUUCGUCGUCUGCACCGAACUCGUUUAAUAACUACGAUCAAUAUCGAUGGCAGAAUUUUCCUCAGCAAUCGUCGAAAACUGAGUCGUCUCAACAUUCGCCGGUGCCACCUGCUCCGCCACCUCAACAACCCCCUCAGUAGUCGAGGAAUUAAUAAUUUAUCGACGAACAAUGAUUUAAAAUUAUUUGUUAUUUCAGUAUUGUAAUCCAGUAAGUGAACGACGAUAAUUGUAUGCAUCUUUUGAAGGGUGGGAAGGGGGUAGAUAAAAGGUUCCUGUUUGAAUGAUGGUAUUGUUUACCUAUACCAUGUUUUAAUCCCUCCGCUUUUUUUUGCAUUUCUUAUUAUUUUUUUUUUUUUUAAAUUUAAUUAUUUAUUCGAUACCGUGAAAUUAUCAUUGUUAUCGCUAGUCACAACUUUCUUUUACGGAUUUUUUUUUUUUGUCAAAGUUGUGAUACCAAAACGUGAUUUUAUUUUUUCUGGGUAUUUUUUGGUAUUUUAUCAGAAGGAUGUUCGAGAAUUGUGAUACCUUGGGCAUUAGUGAAAAAUAUGUUCUGAAAUAUUGAUAAUAUUUUGCCUGAUGCAGUAUUUAAAAAAAAAAAAAAUGAAAUUUGACGUUGAAUUUUGGACGAUCUAUUUCGAAUUUCCAUGUUGAUAAUUUGAUAAAAUACCCGGAACAUAUUGUCGAUUUAUCUACCUACCACAAUGGCGUAUUUUAAGGAACCAAAUGUACGAAUUACGAAUUCGAUAAUACCUUUCUAAAUUUUAUUCGAACAGGAAUUCCUUCAUUGGUGAACAUUAUUUCUAAAAUGCGUUGCUAUUAUUUUCAUUCUUUUAUUUCUCAUCUAGUAUAAUUUUUUGUACAAAGGCCAAUUCGCUGGAAUAUCGGUUUUGGUCUUUCGUUUAUAUUAUACCUUUAUAUUUAUAUGUUUUAGAUACGUUUAUAAAUCGAUGUAGGUGUACGAAAAUUUUAUUGGAAAGUCCCGCUUUUUAAGGUAUCUCUAUUAAUACGUACAUAUUUUUUCUCGUUAUUUAUGGUGAAAAAUCAAUGAGAUUGGAUGGGUAGUAAAUAUGUAGAAAAUUAGUAUAUGUAAAUUAUCGACGGUGUAUAUUUACUUACGUAUUGAUAUUAUUAUUUUUACGGAACGCUGUUAUUCGUUUUUUUCUUUGUUCAUAUACUACUUUAAUUUGAUUGAAUUUUUCAUUCGUCGUUUUGUGUUAUCAAGUUACGAAUUCUAAAUGAGCAUUCGAUGGUUUUGAGUAUUUCUUUGAUAAGGUUUUAUUCGUGUAAAAUUCGUGUAAUAUUUUACUAUUUAAAAAUUUUCGUUUAGCAAAUAUUAUGGUGGCUUUUUAUAGUUCUAAAUUAUUGGGAAGCAUUUUGUUCGUUUUUUCUCUCUCUCUCUCUCUCUCUUUAAGUUAGCGACGAAUUCAUAAAACACGCCUUUUUUGUACUAUCUUGUUCAUACGAAUGUAAAAUUUAUCAGCGCGCUUUACUUGUUUUUAUUUUGUUAAUGCUUUUUCUUCAGUUUUGUGUAAAGUAUUUGUUACGGUAAAGAAGUUACUCAUGUAUUGAAUGUUUAUGACUAGAAAAAAAAACUACGAAUUUCUUUCCUUUUUUUUAUGAAAUGUAUUUUAUGGAACAAUUUUUAUUUUAUGUAUGUGUUUAUUACGGAAAGAAUAUUUUUGUUCUUUGAAUUUUUUUUUCUGAUUUUAUAGUAAUUUUUUUGUUCUUAUUUUCCUUUUUUCUUUUUCCUUUUGUUUUCUUUUUUUUUCUUUCUUUUUUUUUUUACAAAAAUGUAGAGUCAAGAUUCGCGUUUGACCUGUAAAUAUUUACCAUGUUAUCAGUUCUGUUGUAAAUAAAAUAUUUUUUCAGAUAAA